GUAAGACCAGCAGCCAGUUUGAUCUCAUUCGCAACAAUUAAGAGUGCACCAAUUGACCUCAAUCUCCUCGCCUCGUCCGCGCUUGCCGUCCAUUCUUACUUCUAUCCGAUUACAGUCGAGGACGUUUGCGGUAACGAUGAGAUAUACUUGCUUACGCAGGCAGUCUACUUUCUCUAA